AUGAUAGAAUCAAUUAUACAAUCUGUACGGAACUUAGAACUAUCAAAUAGAAGAAUUGAAACAACUCUUCUUCAACAAGAGCAAACAAAUGCAAUAAUUCUUCAAACACUUCAACAGUUAAUACAAUCAAAUACAUUAAUUAAUCAAAGUAAUCAACAAUGUGUUCAAUCGGGACCAGAAAAACAUAUGUGUGAUUCACCACUGAGUAUCGGUGCAAUAGAAAUGGAUUGUCAACUUCCAGAAAUAUUUCAAAAUGCAGAAACAUCAACGAAUGGAAAUGAAAAUUUUAUGCAAGUUAAUCAAGAGAAUUAUACUGCGCCCUUAUCAUAUGAUUCAGCUUUUACUACGGUCGGCUCCAAUCAAAUUUCAUUUGGACUUGUGACAAAAGAUGAAUUAAAUCCUAAUGGUCAAUCAUUCGUUCUACUUGAUGAUAUUGAAAAAUCUCCAUUGACAAUAAUUCAAAGCAUUAUUCAUCAAACAAAUUGUAGAUGUGAUUCAUGCAUUAGAAGAGAAGAACAUGUAACAGUUUCACUUACUACCAUCGAUCGAAGAUCUACUGAAAUUUGUUUACUUAAUCCACUCAAAGAAGAGCUCAGCCCAAAAACAGAUAGAAUUACUAAACUAGAGGAUUGUUUUGGUCAAUCUCCAACUUUAGUCGUGCGUGGUGAUGAUUUACCUGAUAACAUUUCUAUGGAACUAGCCAUAAUAAGUGGAUCAUCGACAGAUCGAUAUCACAGUGUUUAUCAAUUUUCUGAAAAACCAGGUGAACAUAAUGAUAUCAUUCAUCGUUCGAUUAAAAAAUGUUGCAAUAAACCAAACAUGAUUGAUAUACCUUUCGAAAUUGUCAAGAAAACAUCUGAAUUAAUCCACAAUGUGAACAUAUAUGAAACAUUAUCUACCGAUCAAUCUGAAGGACCAAUUAAUAAUUCAAACAGUAAUGAAUCUUUCAAAAAUCAAAAUAAUUCAACAUUAAAUAUACAAGUUCUUAAUCGUUUUUAUAUUCAAAUCGAAUUCGUACAUAUUGGAGAUUCUCCUAAUGAACCACUCCAACGAUAUGAUAAAAUUUGUUCACAAUGGAAGAGUGAAGAAUAUAAAGAUUUUCCACAUUUUGAACAGACACAAACAAAACAAUUUGACGAUGAGCCUUGCAAUUAUGCUCUUGGAUUACCAAUCACCAUAGCAUCAAUCAGAACUGAAAAUGACAAUUAA